GCCAAACGGUUUGCUGGAGUUUGCCAGCGAGUAGCGACUCGAACAAAACCGAACCGGGAACGGAAGUCCGAAAAUUCGACAAUUCGAAAAUUCGAAAACCAAGCACACUCAACCGAAAGUUCGGGUUUCCGCCACAGAAUCGAGUCCGAGCGCUCCGCUGCGCAGACACAUUGUGCUCCUUUUUUCGCAACUCGGCGCGGUUAAAUUAGUUUUCAAAGUCGAUCUAAGUGCCAGCAGCACGUGUAUUUUUUUUUUUUUUUUCGUUCAUCUGUAGUUGUUUUCUAUUUCAUAAGUACAAUACUCCGAGAUGGUCAAAACGGCCGUCAUGUUGCUGUGCCUUUGCGUUACAUUAUGUGGAAGCCUUUUGACGGUUACUCAGGCCAAAGCAGCAACUGGCAACGCAAGCAGUUUUUUUGAGGUCUCCCUGCGCUAUUUUGAUGAGCAGCUUCUGCUGGACAUCCUGCCACGCGCCACAUGUCCUGGCGAGGAUGAAGGAUCUCCGAUGGACGAGUUCGCCGACCUGUUUACGGUGGAGCAACUUCGCCAAGGAUGGGUGGUGCUGCACGUCUUCGCUGCAGUCUACUUCUUUAUCCUGCUGGCCAUCAUCUGCAACGACUACUUCCUGCCGACGGUGGAGUGCAUCUGCGAGGACUUGCACCUUUCGAAGGACGUCGCAGCGGCCACCUUCAUGGCCACGGCUACCUCCAUGCCCGAGUUCUUCACGAACACGAUCAGCACGUUGAUUCUGGAGUCAGAUAUGGGUCUGGGAACGAUUAUCGGUUCGCUGAUGUUCAACACGCUGGGAGUGGCCGGACUAGCUGCGCUCGCCAUUGAUAAGCCGGUGCAACUGGACUGGUGGCCCAUAGCUCGCGACUGCUUCAUUUAUAUCUUCAACACGAUUAUCCUGCUGGUCCUGGCCUGGGGCGGAAGCAUUAGUUUUACGGAGUCCUGUAUCAUGAUGGGAUUCCUAGUGCUUUACUACCUUAUCACGUUCAACAACAACAAGUUCAUGCCCGCCAUCCGGGUGUUUAUCGAGGAUCGUAUGAACUGCUGCUUCUCCACGCGAUACGACCUAACGGAGCCCCCAGAGAACAGUGCCAAGGCGCAGCUGCCGCUCAAAAAGGAUCCCCUGUCCGGCGAUGGCCUCUUUGUGGUCAAUCUUCCCGAAAACACCUCGUCCAUGUCUUCCACCGCCAACCUCACACACCCCAAGCACCUGAACGACGAGGACGACGACGCUGACGGUAUGCCCGAGAGCAUAUACGCUUACCCGCGUGACGCCUCCGGUUGGAUGCAGUUCUGGUGGGUCUUCGUCUUUCCCAUCAAGUUCACGCUAUCCCUGCUGAUCCCGCACCCGAUGAAGUACCGCCGGCUGUACCCAUUAUCUUUUAUCAUGUGCAUCCUUUGCAUUGGCGGAAACGCCUACCUAAUUGUCUGGAUGCUGACUGCCUUUGGUGUGGCCAUCCAUGUGCCCACCAUUGUGAUGGGUCUGACCUUCCUGGCUGCUGGCUCUACCAUGCCGGAAGCCGUCUCCAGUCUUAUUUCCCUUAGGAAUGGGGAAAAUGGCAUUGGAGUUUCCAAUUCGCUGGGUGCCAAUUCCUUGGCCAUCUUGCUGUCCCUUGGAGUGCCUUGGUUCAUCAAAAACUGCAUACACUACGGAACUGGGGAGCCCCAGCAGGUUGGCACCCAGGGCAUCGAAUAUAACAUCCUGAUCUUGAUCAUAUCCACUGUGGCGCUGUUCAUAAUUCUCAGUUUCAGUGGAUAUCGGCUUACGAAGCGAGUGGGCGUAGCCCUCUUCACGGUCUACGGAGUAUUUAUUGUUCUACAGAUCCUCAUCGAGAUGAAUGUCUUCUUUCCCAGAGAUUGCAGCAGCUAGUGAUGCACGAAAAUUAGACGUGGAAAACCAGAGAUGCGGAGAAAAUCACCCUUGCACACAGUUUUUGGUGCUGGCACCAAGAGCUUAUCACCAUCACAAAAGCCUAUUUACAGGCCUGAAUUUGCGUGUAAUUACGUUUAGGAACUACUAUUCUAUCUGAAAAAGUUUGAAUAUUUUAAAUGAUAAGUACCCGAAUUUGAUGACUUGGCUGUACUUUGUAAUUAUCAUUUUAAUACUCAACCAGGAAUCAGAGUGUCUACUACACCCUGUAUUUCUUGCCCUACUUUACGAUUUAAUUAUUGCCUAAGACUGUCUUUAAGUUUAGACGACGAUGUUUCCAUCAGUAAUUUCUAUUUAUUUCGCGUUGUAUAUAUGACUCUGAGUACAUCCCAUAGCCGUAGUACGUCCUACAAAUAUUUAAACCGUUACCAAAGCACAAAACGAGAUACUAGCAGUUAAGAGCAUAUUACACGCUUAUCCGGAAGAGCCCAUGAUAUUCACCCAUUACGCCCAGGGCCGCAAACACGCUGAAAAGGAAAUCGUAAGCACACACAACAUUCUGUUGAUAUUCCGCGCUAUCAUAUGUUCAUACUGAGCGCUGUAGGAACUACUUGUUAACUUUAUCUAUUAUCCUUGA